AGAGCUCCACCCGAUCCCUCCCGACAGAUGUCCCUCCUCCUCCGCGUGGCGAUGGCUCCUUCCGCCCUUCUUCUGGGGGUCCUCCUUCUUCUCCUUCCUCCCCUGGCGACCCCCCAGAGGGCUCCUGAGGAGGGGGAGGCGUGGGCGUCGUCGUGGCUGUUCGGGGACCUGUCUGCGGCGGAGCUGGGGGCGGUGCGGGACUUCCUGGUGGGGCGGCCGGAGCUGGGUCUCGCGCGGGACCCUUCUUCCCACUCCCCGCCCUCCCUGGCGCGGAACCAGCUCUUCCUGGUGGAGCUGGAGCCCCCUCCCAAGCGGGCGGCCUUGCGGGCGCUACACUCCACGCGUGGGCGGCCCCCUCCCCCCCGCCGGGCGCGCGCCGUGGUCUUCUUCGGGGCGGGGCCUUCCCCCAACGUCACGGAGUACCUGGUGGGCCCGCUGCCCUCGCCCACCUGGCUGCGCCCCUCCGGACGCCCGCUGCCUUUCGCCUCGCGGCCCGUGACCCACGAGGAGGCCGGCCUGAUCCACGCGCGCCUCUCGGAGCUGCUCUCCCCGCUCUCGGCCUUCCUGGAGGAGUCCACGGGCGGAUUCUCCUUCGGCCCCGGCUGCGGGAGCAAGUGCCUGGCGCUGACCGACGUGGCCCCGCGUGGACUAGCCUCCGGGGAGCGGCGCUCGUGGGUGAUGCUGCAGCGCGGCGUGGAGGGCUUCUUCCUCCACCCCACGGGCCUCGAGGUGCUGCUCGACCACCGCCACUUGGACCCGCGGGAGUGGAGCCUCCAGCGCCUCUGGUACAACGGGAAAUACUAUAGCGGCGUGGACGAGCUGGCCUCCCUCCACGCGCGAGGGGAGCUGGAAGUGGUGCGCCUGCCUCCCGUGGAGCCCGACGGCGGGUUCGCCUCCUUCGCGCCGCGGGGGGAGUUCUCCACGGAGGAAGAGCCCCCCGCAGCGGAGACCUGCCCCCCGCCCACGGAGAGGCCCUUCUCGCUGCGUGGGAACCGCGUCUCGUACCGCGGGUGGCGCUUCUCCUUCCGCCUGCGCUCCUCGUCGGGCCCGCAGCUGCUGGACGUGCGCUUCGGGGGGUCUCGCGUGGCCUACGAGGUGAGCGUGCAGGAGGCGCUGGCCUUCUACGGGGGGGCCUCCCCGGCCGCCAUGCAGACGCGCUUCGUGGACGCCGGGUGGGGGAUGGGCGCGGCCACGCACGAGCUGGCCCCCUCCGUGGACUGCCCGCCCGGCGCCGCCUUCGUGGACGCCCACCACCUCUACAACUCGGCGGGGCCCCUCCGCCUCCCGCGCGCGCUCUGCCUCUUCGAGGCCCCCACGGGCACCCCGCUCCGGCGGCACUUCGACCCGGACUUCUCCUCGGCCUCGCCCACGGGCUCCACGGCGCGCUUCUACGGGGGGCUGCCCGGCGCCGCCCUCGUCCUCCGCGCCUCCUCCACCGUCUACAACUACGACUACCUCUGGGACUUCCUCUUCCACGCCAACGGGGUCCUCGAGGCCCGCGUCAGCGCCACCGGGUACCUCCACGCCUCCUUCUUCACCCCCCACGGGCUUCGCUACGGCACCCGCGUCCAGGAACACCUCCUCGGGAACCUCCACACCCACCUCGUCCACUACAAGGUCGACCUCGACGUGGCCGGGACGGAGAACUCCUUUGAGACCAUGGAGCUAGGCUUGGAGAACAUCUCCGUGCCGUGGGCGCCAGAGGAACGCAUGGUGCAGCCCUUCCUGGAGCGGAAGCCGCGGUCCCGGGAGCGCCAGGCCGCCUUCCCCGUGGGUGCCCCACUGCCCCGCUACCUGCUCUUCCGCAACCUGGCCCGGAGGAACCGCUGGGGUCACCGGCGCUCCUUUCGCCUCCAGCCCUUCUCCCAUGCUGGGCCCAUCCUCCCCCGAGGCUGGAAAGAGGAGCGGGGCGUCUCCUGGAGCAGGUACCACUUGGCGGUGACGCAGCAGCACGACUCCGAGGAGCGCAGCAGCAGCAUCUAUGCGCAGAACGACCCCUGGCAGCCCCGCGUCUCCUUUGAGCGCUUCCUCCGCGACAACGAGAGCAUCGAGAACAAGGACCUGGUGGCCUGGCUGACGGUGGGCUUCCUGCACAUCCCGCACGCCGAGGACAUCCCCAACACGGCCACCCCGGGCAAUGCGGCCGGCUUCUUCCUGCGGCCCUUCAACUUCUUCGACGAGGACCCCUCCGCCGGCUCCCGCAGGACCCUCCUUGUCCGCCCUGACCACUUGUCCAACCCUCCCGUGAUGCGGGCCCAGAGCUGGAUGCCGGAGAGCCCCCCCGCCUGCGCCACGCAGCACCCCUUCCGCUUCGAUGGCACCUACUGGGUGCAGGAGGAGGAGGAGGAGGAGCAAUAGCAGCCGCAGAGCCCACCCAUAGAGACCUCACAAAAGCUGUGAAAUCGACUUCCAAAAGCCCUGUGUCCUUAGUUGCUUGGAGUGGCCACAGAGGAGACACUAGAAAUCCCAUAUUCUCAAACUAUUUCCCUUCCAGAAGCUGUGA